UGCCUUUGGGUUCAACCGACGGCGCGGAGACGCCAGAACUCAGUACCAAGCUGGCAGUAAAGCUCGGUGGUCGUCGACAUGGCUCUUGUUAAGUACGCCGUUCUGGGCGUGAGUCUGAUCCUUGGAGUAUCUUACCUGUUUAACCGGGGUGGCAACCAGAAGGCCCCGCAGCUCGGCGACGCCUGGUGGGGCCCGGGGACCGAGCAGUCCGUUGACGAAGCCGUCAGACCCUUCAAGAUCAAGUUCUCGAACGAGGACAUAAACAACCUGAAAGCACGCCUAAAAAACACGCGGAACUUGAAGCCGGCCCUGGAAGGUACAGGAUGGACUUACGGCGUGAAUUCCGGCUUUAUGCCAACCAUUAUUGAUCACUGGCUGAACAAGUACAACUUUACCGAGCGGCAAGAAUACUUGAACAAGUAUCCUCAGUUCGUAACGAACAUUCAAGGUUUGGACAUUCACUUUCUGCACGUGAAACCAAAUAAUGCAGGGGGCAAAAAAGUCUUGCCUCUGCUCGUUCAGCACGGAUGGCCCGGUUCUGUGAUUGAAAUGUACAAAAUCAUACCACUGCUCACGACCCCUCGCGAUGAGUACGACUUCGUUUUUGAAGUGAUCGUCCCGUCGCUCCCCGGCUAUGGCUUCUCGUCUGGAACAACGAAACCUGGUUUGGGAUCGGCGCAAGUAGCCGUCGUUUUGAAGAAUCUGAUGCUCAGGCUAGGUUUCAAAAAAUUCUACACUCAGGGUGGAGAUUGGGGGGCCAUCAUCACUGCUAACCUCGCCUCCAUGUUCCCUCAACACGUCCUCGGCAUGCAUUCAAACAUGUGCAUCGUUAUGCAACCUCAGACCUUCUUGACGACGUACAUAUACAGUUUCUGGCCGUCGAUGCUCAUUCCUGACGAGGACUAUCACCUCAUGUACCCAUUUGGCGAACACUGGUCCCGGAGACUCGAAGAGAGUGGAUAUCUUCACAUCCAGGCUACCAAACCCGACACUUUGGGAGUUGCCCUGGCUGAUUCGCCGGCUGGACUGGCUGCUUACAUCCUGGAGAAAUUUUCAACCGGAACAAACCCCCAAUUGAGAUUCAAGGAGAAUGGCGGAUUACUUGACAAGUACUCGGCUGACGAACUCUUGGACAACGUGAUGCUCUACUGGAUCCCCAAUUCGAUGACGACCGCAAUGCGGUUAUACGCGGAACACUUCAAUAAAGCGCACAUGGCACUUGGAAUGGAAUACGUACCGAUCGAAGUGCCAAGUGCGUGUGCGCAGUUCCCUCACGAAAUAUCGUAUCAACCACCGUCGCUGCUGAGCGCGCGUUUCAAGAAGCUGAUACGUGCGAGGAAAAUGCCUCGCGGUGGACAUUUCGCAGCUUUUGAAGAGCCGCAGCUUCUCGCUGACGAGGUUUGGACAUCGAUCGGCAUCAUGGAAGCCGGUAGAAAGCAAAGCCAGGCGAACAAGGCGAGCAAGAAGUCGACAUAAGUUUUUGAUGUGAUCGAUGAGAAGUUCCAUCGUGAUUUUCUACUGAAUAAAUUCUGUUGGAAAUGUU